AUGCAAAUAUUCGUGAAAACACUUACGGGAAAGACAAUCGUACUUGAAGUUGAAUCAAGCAAUACAAUUAACAAUAUUAAAAAUAAAAUCAGUAGCAAAGAGGAGAUAUCGCCUGAUCAACAACGGUUAAUUUAUGCUGGAAAGCAGCUGGAAGAUGCUCGGACAUUAUCUGAUUAUAAUAUUCAGAAAGAUUCUACUUUACACUUGGUUUUACGUCUUCUUGGUGGAGCAAAGAAACGUAAAAAAAAGGUCUAUACAACACCGAAAAAGAUUAAGCAUAAACGGAAAAAAUGUAAAUUAUCAAUUUUAAGCCACUAUAGUAUUACAAGUGAAGGAAAAAUUCAAAGACUUCGUAGUGAAUGUCCACAUCCAACGUGUGGUGCAGGGAUUUUGAUGGCACUCCAUGAUAAUAGACAGCACUGUGGAAGAUGUGGAUUAACAAUGGUGUUUAAAAAAGAGUGA